UUUAACACGAGUUCUCCGGCAGCCCUUGGAUCUGGUGUAGGCUUGCACAGCCCCCGUGACCUCCUCUCCUCUGCUUACCUCCUCUAGUCAUUUCCCUGCGCUUUGGGAUUCGUCAGAUCUGGGGAACUCAGGCUUGUGAGCAAGGAGGGCCCAGUGUUAGGAAGCCCAGCCGCACUGGUGUGGGGACCAGCGGUGAAAAGAACCGGUCCCCCUUGGGCAUCAGCCUCCCGCAGGCCUGAGCGAUGGGGAACAUCAUGGACGGUAAGUCGGUGGAGGAGCUGAGCAGCACUGAGUGCCACCAGUGGUACAAGAAGUUCAUGACAGAGUGCCCCUCCGGCCAGCUCACCCUCUACGAGUUCCGCCAGUUCUUCGGCCUCAAGAACCUGAGCCCGUGGGCCAGCCAGUAUGUGGAGCAGAUGUUUGAGACCUUUGACUUCAACAAAGACGGCUACAUUGAUUUCAUGGAGUACGUGGCGGCGCUGAGCCUGGUCCUCAAGGGGAAGGUGGAACAGAAGCUGCGCUGGUACUUCAAGCUCUACGACGUGGACGGCAACGGAUGCAUCGACCGCGAUGAGCUGCUCACCAUCAUCCGGGCCAUCCGAGCCAUUAACCCCUGCAGCGACUCGACCAUGACCGCCGAGGAGUUCACCGAUACAGUGUUCUCCAAGAUUGACGUCAAUGGGGAUGGGGAACUCUCCCUAGAGGAGUUCAUGGAGGGCGUCCAGAAGGACCAGAUGCUCUUGGACACGCUGACCCGAAGCCUGGACCUUACCCGCAUUGUGCGCAGGCUCCAGAAUGGAGAGCAGGAUGAGGAGGGGGCUAGCGGCAGGGAAACGGAGGCUGAGGAGGCCGACGGCUGAGCUCUCUGCCUGAUCUUUCUGUUCUGGGGAUGGUGUGUACGGUGGUGCCUGCUGUUUCACUGUUGUUUUAAUACUAGAUAGAGUCUACUGAAA